AUGAGUAGUAACAUAGAAUCUCUAGCUUCAUUUGAACACUUGCCCGUCGAAGUUAUUCUUCUUAUCUUUGAUUUUUUCUCACUUCAACAACUUCUGGCAUCCUUCCUCAAUCUCAAUUCAUUCGUCAAUUCAGUUAUUCGCAGUGUCAGACACAAAUAUCAUGGCGUUAAAAACAAUAAUAUUGACGCUAUUCGUGUUCUACAAGUAUUUCCAACUGUUGUCGAUCGGUUAGUCAUUCGUUAUUCUAACGCAGCCAAUUUCAAAUCUCUAAUCAAUCUACGCUCACUCUCGCUACAAUGUUCCACAAGUACGCAGCUCUAUAGUGUCCAACCAAAUAAUUUUCCACAUCUUGAGAUUCUUCAUAUCACAGAUUUCGAUGGCACACAGGAGGAUAAGUUAAAAGUGAUAAGUGAUUUGUUGGAAAUACUUCUGUCGAACGGAUUCUCUCGUCUUCGAAUAUGUACAAUACUCGACAUUGGGACCGUGCCAUUCAAUGAAAAGUGGACAGGUACUCCUAGUCUGAAAAUUUUGAAUGUAGCAAUGGCGACAAACGAAGAUAAAGUAAAAUUUCAAGCAAGGUUUCGAUAUGUACGUCAUUUGACAACUCAAGAAUAUUCAUUCGUUCCAGAUUCAGCCUCUCCUGUAUUAUUAAAUCGCAAAGUAAUAGCUGAGAUCAAACUACUUAAAAAGUUGGAGUCAGAAAAUAAAUUCAUAUUAGACAAAGUUUCAGGGCAAUCUAUUGAUACNACAGCCAAGACUGUUUUAUUAUUGAGCAUGAUUAUGGCAUGUCCAAUUCUUAUUCGCAGUGUCAGGCACAAAUAUCAUGGCGUUAAAAACAACAAUAUUGACGCUGUUCGUGUUCUACAGGUAUUUCCAACUGUUGUCGAUCGGUUAGACAUUCGUUACUCUAACACAGCCAAUUUCAAAUCUCUAAUCAAUCUACGUUCACUUUCGCUACAAUGUUCCACGAGUGCGCAGCUCUAUAGUGUCCAACCAAAUAAUUUUCCACAUCUUGAGAUUCUUCAUAUCACAGAUUUCGAUGGCACACAGGAAGAUAAGUUAAAAGUGAUAAGUGAUUUGUUGGAAAUACUUUUGUCGAACGGAUUCUCUCGUCUUCGAAUAUGUAAAAUACUCGAUAUUGGGGCCGUGUCAUUCAAUGAAAAGUGGACAGGCACUCCUAGUCUGAAAAUUUUGAAUGUAGCAAUGGCGACAAAAGAAGAUAAAGUAAAAUUUCAAGCAAGGUUUCGAUAUGUACGUCAUUUGACAACUCGAGAAUAUUCAUUCGUUCCAGAUUCAGCCUCUCCUGUAUUAUUAAAUCGCAAAGUAAUAGCUGAGAUCAAACUACUUAAAAAGUUGGAGUCAGAAAAUAAAUUCAUAUUAGACAAAGUUUCAGGGCAAUCUAUUGAUACCAAUAGACCACCACCACGUUUCAGCAACACGCCAAUAACCGUACGUUCGUCUGAACACUACCGGCAUACCAUUGAAGGUCGACUUCUGUUACAAAGUGAGCCAUACUGCCGUGCAUCAUUUCUUAUUCGAAUUGGUUUGACUGCAGAAUAUCCUUUCAAAUAUCCUGACAUACAGUUUCUAGAUCCAAUUUAUCAUCCGAAUAUUUCACAAACAGGUGUGUGUUGUGGUUGUGAUUGUGGCUUUCGCUUUGCAGAUUCAAGCUACAGACCGACAUUAUCAUUGCAUACGAUCUUGUCAACUAUUAUUCAAAUGAUAGACAGUCCGUUUAUUGGAAAAAAUGGAAGCCAUAAUCCAGAAUGUUAUCUGGAAUAUCGUAAUGAUUAUCCAGCAUUCUACAGGAAAGCAUUGGACAGCACACUUUUAUAUGGACGACCACGUGAUUGA